CUCCGAACCGCUUCCGCGGGCAUUACAAAGGCUUGUCAGCUUUGCUUUCUGUAGCGUACAUGAUUCAACAGUCGGCAGAUCAGUGACAAGCAAGGUCUAUGAUGCCGACGAAAUCGGCGCUUUCCAAGUGUGAUUGUCAUCAUUUGAUCGUCCUCGAUCACGUGAUCACCGAUUUCGGAUUAUCAUCAUGGAGCGGAGUCAGAGUUCAUCCGAUGAACUUGCAGACAAUUGUCCUGAUGCUCUGACCAGCAAGACUCUGACCAUUUGGUUCAUCACAUUUGCGGAUCUUGGAACCCAUUCACUGACUCCUCCAAUAUUUGUUUGACCGUCUGAGAUUGUAGCGUUGUCCAUCAAAGAUGUUCCGGGAUUCAUUACGACUUCUACAUCAUGGCGCCAAUGCCAGUUCCCCCGUGGUAACCAAUAAACCAUCUAUCGUAACUCUUCUACGGGAUUAUGACUCCCCUGGCGUCUUCCCAAUGUCUGCCCGCAUUGACCGGAAUCUCAAAGCAACGAAUGGCUUCACCAUGAAAGUUUGGGACGCAUGGAAAUAUCCUGUCUUCGCAUUAAAUAAAGUAUCAUCCCUAGCUCUUGAUGUUAUAUCUCAUCACGUUUGGGGCCCGCGCAGGAAAUCAUGGGGUAUUGAGAUGACUAUCCUCACUAGUCUUAUGCGAGAUGUCUCGAGGCAUUCCGCACUGGCAGAUAUCGCUAUGGUUCGCAAGGCAAUGGAUAUCGGGGGGCUAGUUCCCUUGCCCUCAGACGCUUUAGUCACUCCAGUGACUUUCCGUGUGCGUAAACGCAACCUUCGUGGUAUACUGGAGACUUUGGAUGCAAUGGAAGACGAAAAACGUGAACUUUCUGGGGAGUGGAUAAUCGGGAAGAGGCUCUGGCAAUCUUUGCAAUCAGAUUACAAGUCCACUCGCCAAGCAGGCGAAGGGGAUAACCUUGUUAAUCAGACGAAAAUCGAUUAUGAUCUUCGAAAAGGGCAAUCUCGAGUCAUCCUCUACAUCCAUGGCGGAGCAUAUUACUCGUCUAGCGCAGCAGCGCAAAGGAUGCUGACCAUACCACUGUCAAAAUAUACCAACGCACGCGUAUUUGCUGUCGAUUAUCGGCUCGCCCCGGAAACAGUUUUUCCUGGCCAGCUGCACGACGUGGUUAGCACCUACUUCCGCUUGACGGAUGACUUGCGCGUGCCGCCAGAAAAUUUAGUUGUAGCAGGCGACAGUGCGGGUGGCGCACUAGGCCUCGCACUCCUGCUCUAUCUGCGAGACAAUGGUUACACUCUUCCGGGCGGCGCGAUGUUAUUCUCCCCUUGGGUUGACUUGACCUUGAGCUGCGAAUCGUGGGAUACUAACGCUGACUAUGACAUCAUUCCUACGCCUGGUCCAACCGGUCACCUGCACCCCGUUGUAAUGUAUCUAGGCGAUGGAUUCGAGCGGUACAUUACCCACCCAUACGCCAGCCCACUAUUUGGCAAACUCGAUGGACUACCGCCCAUGCUUAUUCAAUGUGGCGAUGCAGAGGUUCUGCAUGAUGAGAUCGUACUUCUCUCACACAAAGCUUCACUGGCUGGUGUCCAGGUUCAGUUGGAGACCUACGAGGAUGCUAUUCAUGUUUUUCAGGCAUUUCCUUUCUUGAGUGUUGCAACGACCGCCUUCAUCUCUUGUCGCGAAUUUGUGCGGUACAGGUUGCCUCACAUCCAAAGCCACACGCCUCAAGUUUUGGAUAACGUCACUGAGUUUUGCCUUGAGAACGACACGGAUAACGAUAACGUCCGUGUUGUCCGUGGCGAUGGUGUGGAGACUAACUCGGGAUGGCAAGAAGUUCAAGAACAGAUGGCUCGAGAAAUUGUUGAUACGAGUUACGAAGUGCGAUUGAGCCCAGCAGUACCUCCAAGCUGGGGCCGUACUUGGUUGGAUUUGGCGCCAACCCCCAAUUUCAGCGGUAGCGAAUUAGAACCCACUACGCCUUGUGAGACUGUCGCCGAUCCAUCUCGAAUUCUUCGGCAUGCGGCGUCCACCCCAGCUCUUCGUCGAAUGCAGUCUGCACUCUCUGUUUUCUCGGAGAAAUCAGCCGCAUCCCAAUAUUCGGAGGAUUGGCCUACUCGUCGCAAAAAAUUCACAUUGUCACCCACACCGACUCGUCCUUCAUCUCCCUCCGAACCCUCAAGCAUCAGUCUCUCCAAUAUUCCUGCUUUCGCGACAUCUUGGGCCGCUAUGACAUCUGUUGCCUCGACUGCCUAUCUUGUAUAGUACCGCCUUAUAUGGGCAAUAUCGUUUUCACCGUUUGAUUCGCAUACAUUCCAGUCCAGAUA